AUGGCCCGCUCCAAAGUCACCACGCCCGCUGCUGCUCUCCGCGCCCCCUGGCGCGACCAAGUCGACGAGGCCCUCAAGACCGGUCCUCUCGCCCGCGAAAUGUCCCUCGCAACCUCGGCUGGCGGCCACGCCCGCGUCCGCCACGUCACCUUCCAGGCCUUCUCGCCCUCGGGCUUCCUCGAGAUCGCAACCGACCGCAGCAGCGGCAAGGUUCUUGACGUCGAGCACGAUCCCAUCGUCGAGAUCGCCUGGUUCGUUCCCGCUGCCGGCUACCAGUUCCGCAUCCGCGGUCGCGCCGCUGUCAUCGGCGAGGCGCACGAGUUCUUCCACGCCCGCGGCACCCUCCGCAUUCCUCCCACCGCUGAUGAGUGCUCGUACUCGUACUGGGCCGACCAGCGCGAGCGCGUGUUCAACUCGCUCGGUCCCAUGGCCAAGAAGUACGACCACGCGCCGCCUCGCGGCGCACGCAUCCCCCCCAACACCGACUACGCGCACUUCAACUUUGUCAUUGUCGCCAUUGUGCCCGAGCGCGUCGAGGUGCUCGACCUCACCAAGAAGGGCUACUCGACGUGGAUCAUCGAGAAGGGCGAGUGGGUCGAGGAGGAGCAGCCGCCUGUCCUCAUGGAGCGCGCCCACAUCUAA